GGGUAUUCGGGAUUAUAGAAAUGCAAACGCCGGCGUGGAUGCGGACGGAGUGUGAGAACAAAGUCGAAGAUCUGGAGGAGCGAGCGAGUUAACAUCGGGAAUCGGAAGAGGAAGGAGGGACGGUUGUAUAACAUCAUUUUGAGCUGAGUAAACGAGUCAUCAUGUCGGAUACGCAAAGGCAAACGGAUCAAACAGCAUCGAAAAAGAUAAUUGCUUCAAGAGUGCUUGGAACAGUGAAGUGGUUUAAUGUGAAAAAUGGCUAUGGAUUUAUUAACAGGAAUGACACAAAAGAAGACAUAUUUGUACAUCAGACAGCCAUAACAAAAAAUAAUCCUCGGAAAGUCGUGAGAAGCGUGGGUGACGGAGAAAUCGUAGAAUUUGAUGUCGUUAUUGGAGAGAAAGGAAAUGAAGCUGCAAAUGUAACUGGACCUAAUGGAGCUCAUGUUAAAGGAAGCCCAUAUGCAGCAGAAAGACGACGCAAUUUUAGAGGUCGCUAUUAUCCUAGACGACGUAGGCCACAAUCUCGACAGUUGAAACAGGAUGAUGAUGACGAUGACGAAAUUGCACCGGGAGAAGAAGAUAAUGAAAGGGAUGAUCGUCCACCACCUAGACGACCAAGACGCCCGUUCGUUCGUCGUUAUUACAGGGGUCUUCAAGAUUCUCCAAGAAAGAUGACGGAUCCUAAUAAUUUUGAGGGUGGAUUGCAAGAACCACAUGAUGAAGAUAAAGGAAUUCAGAGAGGUUCUAUGGGACGCCGUCCACCCCGACGCUUUUUCCGUCGCUUCUUUCGUCGUAGGCCACGUCGUCCUCGAAGCGACACAGAAGGAAGCCAGAGUGGUGUUGAAGGUGAUAUUAAUAAGGAAAAUGAAGGAACUGAGGAUAAUGACCAAAAAAAUCAAGGCCCGAAACGUAGGCCACCAUUUAGACCACAACCUCAACGUCGUCGUCCUCGUAGAGGUCCACCCCGUCCAAGAACUCAAGAUCCUAGUGACACUGCCACUAAAAUAGGAAAGGAUCUAUCUACUAUUGGUGAUAAUUCUGACAGACUGGUACAAGACAAUGCAAUGUAUUCUCAAAUAGAAAAAAAGUCUCAGUAUGAACAAGUUGGUAGUGGUGAACCUGAUUCUGCUGCUGUUGAUAAAUCUUUGGUUGAGCAGACUGCUUUAACUCCCAGAGAGAAUUCUGCCGUGGAGCAAUCUCCUACCGAAGGUACCGUAUCCGCCUGAAAAAAACCUUUGCUGGAAAUUCUUCUAUGGCAUUAAGAAUAGACUGUGCUUUUUACAUUUGAAAUAAGAUAACAUCUUAGGAGCAUUGAAAAAAAAAAUAUAUGAAAAUUGUUUGCAACCAUUUUACAUUUAACACCAGUGGU